AUGAAGUUAUCUCAUACUACAUUAUUAGCUAUCUUAGCUACCUUCACCGCUGCCCAAUCCUUGCCAUCCGAAAUCCAAGCUUCAAACUCUUUUGAAUUAACCAAAAGACAAGAAGAAUCAAUUACUGACUUAAUCAACACCAUUAAUGAAUUCAAAGUCAAACGUAAUGAUUUCCAAGAUAGCAAUGAACUCGCCAAGAGAGAAUAUCAAAUCGUAACUGAAGUUUUAGCAGCUGUUAAUAAUUCCCAAUUGGCUCCAGCUGUUUUACAAUAUUUCGUUACUAAUCCAACCUUCCAACCAAUUAUUAUUAAUGGAGUAAUUACUGUAUCUAAAUUAGGAUUAAUUCCUUUAGAAACUGUUCUUCAAGUUGUUACUGAAUCUAAUUUGGCUACCAAUGUUAUUCAUGAUUUAAUUUCUGAUUGUUCUUUAUAUGUUGACUUAUUCAAUAUUGCUAAACCAAUUAUUGCUGAUAUGGUCGAUAAAAUCAAAGAUGCAAUUUUAUCCGGUGUUACUAGUUUAAUUACUAGAGAUGACAAAGGUGCAUUAAAUGAAUUUGUAUUUGAUGAUGCCGCAAUGGAGAAGAGAGAUACUGAAGAUGUUGUUGUUAAUUUAUUGGAAUCUCUUUAUAGUUCAGGAUUGGCAACUAGUGUGGUUAAAAGUAUUUUAACUGAUACUAGUUAUAUUCCAUUUGCAAUUAAUUUAGUUAAAGCAAUGUUAGCUAAUAACUUAAUUAAUCUUUCUAGUUUAUUAAAUGCUUUGAAACAAUCAGGAUUAGCUGAACAAUUAUUCCAAAGUUUAGUUAAUAUGAGUACUGUACAAACUGUUAUUACUAAUUCAUUUGCUGCAUUUGCUGGUACUUGUUCAGGUACUACUCCUUCAGGAACUGGUUCUGGAAGUGGUACUGGUGCUGGAACUGGUACUGGUACUACUAUUACUGGUUCAACUGUUACUGGUUCAACUGGUAAUGCUGGUAAUGGUAAUGUUGUUUGUAGAAAGGUAAGGAGAAGAAGAAGAAGAGAUCUUUACUAG